AUGAGCUGAGCUCCUGGAUACAGCAGUCUUUUAAACAUUAUGUUACACAAGAAGCUAAGCAACACUUCAACGACUAUGACAAAGAUGGUGAUGGAUUACUUUCUUGGAAGGAGUACAAUAUGCAAAUGUACGAUCGUGAAAUUGAUUUUGAUGAGAACUCUGUCCUGGAGGAUCAGGAAGAAGAAUCAUUUCGACAGGAGAAAAAGCGUUUUGAAAAAGCUAAUAGAGAUGAUGUUCCUCAUCUAAAUGUGGACGAAUUCGUUGCUUUUGAACAUCCUGAAGAAGUGGAGUAUAUGACGGACUUUGUUAUUCAGGAGGCUUUAGAAGAACAUGAUAAAGAUGGUGACGGAUUUGUUAGCCUGGAAGAAUUCCUUGGUGAUUACAGAAGAGACCCAACUGCAAGGGAAGAUCCAGAAUGGAUACUUGUGGAGAAGGAUCGGUUUGUGAAUGACUAUGACAAGGAUAAUGAUGGAAAACUUGACCCUCAAGAGCUGUUGUCUUGGAUAGUGCCUAAUAAUCAGGGUAUUGCCCAAGAGGAGGCUCUUCACCUUAUUGAAGAAAUGGAUUUGAAUGAUGAUAAAAAGCUUUCUGAAGCAGAAAUUCUUAAGAACCAAGAUUUGUUUCUUAACAGUGAAGCAACGGAUUAUGGUAGGCAGCUUCAUGAUGAACGUUUCUACCAUGAAGAACUUUAGAGUAUUUAUUUUGUAAUCUGUUUUUCUUUCCUUUGUUUCAUUUGGAGCUUUUGUUAAAAGCACCCAUCAGCUAUGUUGCAAGUUUUACGCUGUAAUUACAGUACACUAAUGUUUGUGUAAAUAAUUUGCAUUCAAAAUUUAAUUGCCCUCCUGCAGAUUUCCUUGGGCCUUUUCUAGCCUUCAGCAUUCAUCUGAAAUACUUACUUGCAGAAUUACACAGCGUUGGGAAAUAAGUUACUUCAGAGGUAGUCCUGUGUUGUGAAGAGUUGUUCUACUGUACUUGAAAGAAAUGGAGAUUCUAAAUGAUUCUGACAGAAUGCAAACCGGUAACUGAGUGACUACUAUGUUUUCUAACCAGUUUAAUUCGGGCGGAGAGUGGGGAAGAUGGGAGGAUCUUUAGAGACAGUAUUAACUGUGUUUUACUUAAUACCUUUGGAGAAACACAUAGAUUAAUGCCUCAAUUGUUUUAAGAGGUUUCUACUUGAUUUUCAGUGGUUUCUAUACUGUGUUUUAUUGUAUCAUAAAACUUGCUAUUUUUACAUCUAUAGACAUUAAUUGGGUUUGAUGUACAAUUUACAGCCUUAGCAAUACAGUGGUAUUUUACAGUGUUAAAACCCUCUUCGUUUGUUGGAUUAAAACUUAAAAUAUUCU